UUAGUAGGUUACUAGGACGUGACUCGUUGCGGAAACGAGUUCCUCUUGCUUGUCCAGUCAGUCUUCGUCGGUCACGAAAGUUACUUUUAUUAAAAGUUAUUAACUAAAACUUUAUCUAUUUUGAUGAUGCGGUACUAAAUCUCAAUAAACUUAUUAAAGACGGAGUGAUUAUUUGUUCAAAAAAUUAAUAUUACACGAAAGGAAAUCAAAAUUAAUUUAAAUCUUCUGUAAAGUGAAAAAAGCAGCACGUGUUCAAAUUAUAAACGAUGGAUAAGACGAUAUCAAGUAAACGGGAGAAGAUUCUAUUGGUCUUUCUGUCCUGCUUUUUAUUAAAUGUAAAAGGAGAAGCUACGUUGGUGGAUAGCAGUGCCCUUCCUUUGGAACACAGAUCAGUAUAUGGAUCACCAUCAAACUUUGGAAAUUCAAUAUCACAUGGAGCAGAAGAAAAUUGGCCAUUAGCAUCACCUGAUACACCACAAAUUAAACACUUGCAAGUACAGUGUGAAAAAACUCAUAUGCGAGUGAACAUUGAGUUUGAUCGACCUUUCUAUGGUAUGAUCUUUAGCAAAGGUCAUUACUCAGAUAACCAUUGCGUUCAUUUAAAACCUGGAACAGGACACUUGAGUGCAACUUUUGAAAUCUUUCUUAACUCUUGUGGAAUGAGUUCUUCAGGUAAUCACAAUCUUGCUGCAUAUGGUGCACCAACUCCAUCUGGAAGUUAUGUGGAAAACACUAUAAUUGUACAAUAUGAUCCAUAUGUUCAAGAGGUUUGGGAUCAAGCCAGAAAAUUGCGCUGUACUUGGUAUGAUUUUUAUGAAAAGGCGGUGACAUUUAGGCCUUUCCAGGUCGAUAUGUUACAUGCAGUUACAGCAAAUUUCUUAGGUGACAAUUUGCAAUGCUGGAUGCAGAUCCAGGUUGGUAAAGGACCUUGGGCAUCAGAAGUGUCAGGGAUAGUAAAAAUUGGACAGACAAUGACAAUGGUACUAGCAAUUAAAGAUGAUGAAAACAAAUUUGACAUGCUAGUAAGAAAUUGUGUUGCUCAUGAUGGAAAGAGAGCACCCAUUCAACUCGUUGAUCAAUACGGUUGUGUAGUGAGGCCAAAGAUUAUGUCUAGAUUCCAGAAAAUAAAAAAUUUUGGUCCUAGUGCAUCUGUUGUAAGCUUUGCUUACUUUCAAGCAUUUAAGUUUCCGGAUAGCAUGAAUGUCCAUUUCCAAUGUGUGAUACAAGUAUGCCGUUAUAAUUGUCCGGAACCCAAAUGCGGUCAUUUGGGUAUUGAAUACGGUGGACAAGUAGCAGGCAUUCCUCAUGAUUAUGGAGCACCAGUACCACAAGGACUUUCUGCUGAGUACGGAUCACCACCUGUACCUGAAUACGGUGUUCCUCCUGCGUAUCCUGAUCCACGGCAUCCUAGUGGGCCAGCAGGAGCAUACAGCGAACCUAAUCCUGAUAUAGUACCAGUUCCUCAAGCACAAACUUCUUCAUCGUCAACUAUCUCUACACCAGGAGAUGUAACUGCAAGUAGUUCUCCUCAGAGUACUCAAGAUAUUAUUCACCUUCCGCCUCCACCAUUGCCAGGACACUCAACAGGAGCUUACCAUACUGUAAAGAGAAAAGGAACAGUAGGUUCUGAAGAACAUGAAGGUAACUUGGUUACUCUUGGAGGACGACCAAGAUCAGUUGAAGGACUUCCGGUGGAAUUACGAGGUGCCAGAAAACGAAGAGACAUUGUAAAUGAUAAUUAUAUUUCUGACAACUUUCUUACACUAACGAUUGUUACACCUCAUGUUCAUAAACGAGCUGCUCAAGAAAUGACGGAUGUAAAUACAUCUCGCACAAUUCAAGUUGUAGCCCCAGGUGACGUUAAUUUUGCAUUGGGUGCAUCAAACCCAAUCAAUGAUACUACAGUUGUGAUACAAAACACGAAUUCACAUACAGAUUCUGAAUCUAUUUGUAUGUCUUUAGCUGGUUUCGUAGGAGGCCUAGUUAUGCUUCUCUUAGUAGUAGUAGUUGCAUCUCUUGUGGCAGCGUUUCUGUUUGUUCGAGUGAAAGCAAUUGAUCGAAAAAAUUCAAGUAUAAAUAAUAUUAACUAUGUACAUACACCAUAUAUUUCAGAAAAGCCAGAAAUUGUAAAACUUGCUAAUUAAAAUUUUAAACUUUUAAAUUGGAAACCAAAUUUUAAAUAUUGUUCCCAGUUGACGCAAAUAUGUAUUAAUUAUACAUAUACUUGUUGUACAACAGUAUGUAACAUAUUCUAUCAUAACCUUGUAGCGAGUUACAAGCAGGUUAUAUAAAAUGUCAGCGUUGAACGCUGUAACAAAUAUGUAACAAAUAUGUAACUCAAAUAAUCUGUAACAAUUAUAUUACAAUAAUAUAAUAUACACACAUGUCUUUUUAGUCAUUAUAAAAAAAUUAUUAUAAAAAUAAAUGUAAGCAACCAACCAAUUAA